AUGCCCGGGGCUGGGGGUUUCGGCUUGCGCGGGCCGAGCAGGGUUCCGCAGCCUCCCUUUCUGCGAGGGGCCGGGGUUCUUUUCCACAUUUCCGCUAAGCAGCAGCUUAGUGCAGGGGAUGCUGCUGAUGGCGCGGCGGCGUGCGCCACAAGACCGAAAAGGACAACGCCGUGUCGAAUCAAGGCGUGGCGGGACCCGGGUCCCAUGUCCGCCCCCCGGCUGGGGGCAGCUGGCCGUUGCGGCGCGGGAAGUUGCAAGCGGGGCCGGCCCUUCCUUGGAGUGAUUGGCGUCAAUGUGGGCUGA